GAUAUCCAGCAGCUGCUGCAGCUCCAGCAGUUAGUCCUCGUCCCAGGGCACCCUCUCCAGCCACCUGCACAGUUCCUGCUGCCACAGGCCCAGCAGGGACAGCAAGGGCUGCUUCCGACACCAAAUUUAUUUCAGCUACCUCAGCAAAAUCCAGGGAGCCUCCUGCCGAACCAGCCUCGCGCAGGGCUCCCAGCACAGCAAGUGACUCGGCCUGGCCUCCCCGAGUCCCACCUCACUCACUCACAGCCGCCCAAAUGCCUGGAGACCCCUUCGCACCCCGAGGAGCCCAGCGACCUGGAGGAACUGGAACAGUUCGCCCGCACCUUCAAACAACGGCGCAUCAAACUGGGCUUCACACAGGGUGAUGUGGGGUUGGCUAUGGGGAAGCUUUAUGGGAAUGACUUCAGCCAAACAACCAUCUCGCGCUUUGAGGCACUGAACCUCAGCUUCAAGAACAUGUGCAAACUCAAACCUCUUCUGGAGAAAUGGCUGAAUGACGCUGAGACAAUGUCCGUGGACUCCACGCUUCCCAGCCCCAACCAGCUGAGCAGCCCCAACCUUGGUUUUGAUGGGCUGCCGGGCCGACGUCGCAAGAAACGGACCAGCAUUGAGACUAAUGUCCGCUUUGCAUUGGAAAAAAGCUUUCUAGCGAACCAGAAGCCUACCUCAGAGGAGAUCCUACUUAUUGCUGAACAGUUGAACAUGGAGAAGGAGGUGAUUCGUGUCUGGUUCUGCAACCGCCGCCAGAAGGAGAAACGGAUCAACCCUUGCAGCUCUGCUCCCAUUUUGCCUGCCCAGAGCAAGCCUGCUGGCUACAGCCCUCACAUGGUGACCAGCCCAGGCACUGGCACAAGUUUGCCCCUCUCCCAGGCUUCCAGUAGUCUGAGCACAACAGGUACAACG